CGUCGAGGGUGACAACAGGGGUCGUGCCAUUUCCCAUCGCCGGUUUUUAAACUACCCGUUGAGCUACGAGCCCCGGGAUCUCUUCGACACCUUGAAAGGAGGAGAAGGCCUCGACGUUUCUUGAGCGAUCUUUAACAAGAGACCCCCGGGCGGACUCGUCCCUCGCAAAAGCAUUCUUUUCACCCCAAAUCGCCCCGUAUUUUUCCGCCGGGUCGAUGCCGAACGUCGUAGACUUUCGGGCCUCCCGCAGGGCGUCGGCGGCGGCGAGACGCUCUGCCCCCCCGAUGCCCCGCUUCGACCGGAUCCCGCGACCGUCGGCCUCGAAGAUGCUGAGAGAAUCGGCCAGGCUGCUGUCGUUCUCCAAGGGGUGGCCCCGGUCGUCCCCCGUGCGGCCCGCGGACUUGGCGCGGGCCGGACUCUACCGCAUGGGCUUCAGCGACCUGGUGGCCUGCUUCCGCUGCGGCGGGAUGAUGCAUCGCUGGGAGGAGGGGGACGACCCCGCUCGGGAGCACGCCAGGCACUUCCCCGCCUGCGCUCGCGCGGCCCCGUUGCCGCCGGCCACUCAGGAUGGCGCCGACUCCGGACUGAGUCCAGAGAUGCGUUCGUUCGGGGCGCGACUCAGAUCUUUCGCGAGCUGGCCGUACACCGCCAAUGUGUCCCCGCCUGAACUGGCCUACGCAGGCUUCUACUAUUCCGGUUACGGAGAUCUUGUGAAGUGCUUCAGCUGCGACGGUCAUCUACAAGAGUGGGCGCUGGGAGACAGCGCUUGGCAUGAGCACGCAAAGUGGUUUCCCAGCUGCGUGUUUGUUGGACGACAGAAGGGGGAAGCUUUCGUCCGCGGGUCGACGCGGCCGCCGGCUCCGCUACCGGGACAGACGCCGCAGAGUACAACCGCGGAGAUUGAGCACGCAGCGCCAUCGACUGAGGAGCUUCUGGACAAGCUGGAAGAGCGGCUGUCCUGCAAGGUGUGCAUGGAGCGCGAGGUGUCCACGAUGUUCGUGCCGUGCGGACACGUGGCCACGUGCGGCCACUGCGCCCUCUCCCUGAGCCGGUGUCCCGUGUGCCGCGUCGCCGUGAAGACGUCGCUCCGGGCCUUCGUGGUUUAGGCGGACGGCCGGGCGAAGGAGGAGGAGAGAGAAACG